UAUUUUACUUUUCUUUUUCGAAAAGUAUAAAGCAAAAAGUUCAAAAGAAACAUAGACAGAGAUCCCGAUGUAUCCCAUCACAGCCGCACAUCUCGAAAAUGUAACGCCACGAUAUCAAUCUAAACCGUUAAACUAAACUAACCAUUAUUUCUGCUAUAAAAGUUUCCUUUUCCGCAAUUAGCUACAUCAUUCUGUCGCAUUAACAUUAGAGAAUCCACAAAGACAAGACUCACUUCACUUCCAUCUGCCUUUGAAUCUCCGAUGCCGUCAACGACUAGUUGGUGGCCGAUCCGCUUGGCUUCAUCUGGAUCCGAGCCGGGAUGGUUUUCAGGAGUUAGUUACGGACGGUGGCGCUGGCUGAGCUGGAGUCGACCGGAGCUGAGUUUCUUGUCCGUGAUGGUGGACGACGUUGUGUGGAAAGUAGUGGUGGCGUUCGAGUCUGUGGCUUUGGUCUCGAUGCUUGGUUUCUUCUUCCUCUUCUACGGCUGCACCGUCUGAAUUUUGAAUUUCACUUAGGAUUUUGUUUUUAUUUAUUGCCGUAGAGUUUUGGGAUUUCUUUUUUUGCUUAAUUUUAUCUUCCAAUUGGUCUGUUUCCACCGUACGCUAGUGGUAAAACAACGGCGGAGAUACUGAUGCUGUUGUUCAAGGAUGCGCGUGAUGUUCACUCGUGACUCGCCGUAGUUUGUUUUAGUUUUGAUUUCUAUUUCUGAAUGAUCAUAUCAUGUCAUGUUUGCCCAAAAAAAGACUGAUCAUAUCAUGUUA